AUGAUCAUGGUGAGGGAUUUCAACUACUUUCCUGACCGGGGCAUCUACGUAGACGAGGAGACAGAUCACCUGUCGGCGCACCUCUUCUUCCUCAGAGGCCAAAAGUGGCGGUCUCUGCGCCAGCAGCUGACGCCCACCUUCACGUCGGGAAAAAUGCGCGCCAUGUUCGGCAUAGUGCGCGACUGUGCUCGUAUCAUGGUUGACGUCAUACCCUCGGGCAGAGAUGUGGAAGUCCGCGAGCUGAUUGCCCGCUACUCUACUGACGUCAUCGCUUCCUGCGCCUUUGCCAUCGACGUUGACAAUGGAAAUAAGACUCUGACGACCAAGGAGAUGGCAGCACAGGCGUGGGUGUUCUUCCUCGGGGGGUUCGAGACCUCUUCCACCACCGUAAGCUUCUGCCUGUACGAGCUCUCUAGACGUCCAGAUAUCCAGAAGAAACUGCAAGAAGAAGUUGAUGACGUAAUGAGAAAGACCAACGGUGAUGUGACGUAUGAUGAUAUAAUGACCAAGAUGCCAUACAUAGAAGAGGUGGUAAACGAAACCCUCCGUAUGUAUCCACCCGGUGCAGUUCUGAAUCGCGAGGUGGUGCAGGAUUACAAGCUGCCAGAAUAUGACUGUGUCUUGGAGAAGGGAACUAAGGUGAUUAUUCCAGUCAUGGGACUCCAUUAUGACAGGAAGUACUUUCGAAACCCCGAGGAAUUCGAUCCGGAGCACUUUUCAGUGGAGCAGAAGGCAUCCAGGCAUCCCUACAGCUAUCUGCCGUUUGGCCAAGGGACACGCAUAUGCAUCGCAUUGCAGGACUUCGCCAAAGAUGCUCUUAGAUUCUACCUGGACAGUAUCACAAAUACUUCACGUAUAUUUGGCUACUCUUCAGGUGAGAGAAUACCUGAGAUGACCGUCGUAUGUGUGGCAGAAUUUAGUUUUGUUUAG